UUUGGCGACGAAUGGGAUCAAUUUAUCCACAAUAUUGAAGGAAAAUGGCAUUCCUAGGGAACUUACCGAUUUUUGAUCACAAAGUAAGCGAAUGGCUUAUAUUCAAGGGUAAGUUAACGCAAUUUAUAAAGAUCAACAGCGUUAAGGAAGAAAACCAAAGCGGUAUUCUUUUAACUCAUCUUGAUGAAGAAUCAUAUCGCUUGUUGCGUAAUUUAGCGUAUCCCUUGGAAUUGGACACAUUAGGUUUCACAAGAUUAAUUGAGUUACUCGAUAGUCAUUUUAAACCAAGACAAGGCUCAUUUGUUGACAAGGCGAAAUUUUACGGAGCUAGUAGAAGUCCAGGCGAGAAAUUAGGAGACUGGGCGGCGCGACUGAGAGGUCUGGCAAGCUAUUGCGACUUUGGCACCGCUUUGGAAACGAAUCUGAGGGAUCGUUUCGUCCUCGGCUUGGGCGCCGGCCCGGAACGCGAUAAGUUGUUUGAGCAAAAUGCGUCGACGCUGACGUUGACGAGGGCUAUAGAGUUAGCGGAGCAAGCGGCCUGUGCUAAGCAGGCGAAAGUCAUGUGUAAAGAAGAAUCUGCUAUAUUGAAGGAAGAGCCGAUACUGCGAGCAAAAUUUCAAACCGGCCGAGGCGAUCAACAGCGGCCCGGCGCGGCGCGCGGCGACGUAGCGGAUAUAUCAUGUCGUUGCUUGGUUUGCGGAUUAAAAAAUCACACAAGUGAGAAAUGCCGCUACAAGACUUAUAAAUGUCAGAAAUGUGGUGUCAAAGGCCAUCUGAAGAAAGUGUGUACAGCGGCUAAAAAAUCGUCCGACCAUCAGAUUCAUCAUUGCAAUUCGACAAUGGAAUAUCAAGCCCCUGAAAACAUUGCCUUGAAUUGUGAGGAAUGUCAAAAUUUUAAUUUGAGGUAUGUAACCGAUAAGCCAAUUUUGAUUGAUGUUUGUUUAGGUGGUAAAAUUAUUUCCAUGGAAUUAGAUUCAGGCUCUGGUAAUAGCGUAAUUUCCGAGAAAUUGUAUGAAAAAUAUUUUUCAACCUAUAAAUUGCACCAGAGUUAUUUAAGAAUGUGCCUAUAUGAUGGAAGUAAAAUAAUUCCCUUAGGAUAUUUUACUAUUGAAGUGUUCUAUAGUAAUACAAAAAAGCAAUUAAAGAUUUUUGUAGUGAGAAAUGGAGGUCCUCCUCUAUUAGGUAGGGAUUUUAUGUCUGCAUUUAAUUUAGUGAUAACGAGCGGCUUACACUCUGUUACAAAUAAGAAUGAGUUAGAGCAAUUACUGGCAAAGUUUUCGAACUUGUGGCGUGACGAGCUGGGUGCGUUUAAUAAGUUUAAAGUUAAAUUACAGCUUAAGGAUAACUCCAAUCCUAAAUAUUUUAAACCACGUAGUGUACCCUUUGCUCUCAGAGAAAAAGUAGAACAAGAAAUUGAUAGAUUAGUCAAGUUAGGUAUUCUUGUUCCCGUUAACCAUUCUGACUACGCUACACCUAUUGUUCCCGUUUUAAAAAGCGAUGGUCAAGUCAAGAUUGCUGGUGAUUUUUCAAUUACAUUAAACAAAGAUCUUAUUAUUGAUAAAUAUCCGUUACCUCGUAUAGAGGAAGUGUUCGCGAAAAUUGGAGGUGGUGAACGGUAUAGUAAAAUUGACUUAAAAAAUGCCUACAAUCAAUUUUUAUUAGAGGAAUCGUCUCAGGAUCUCACUACAAUUAAUACGCAUAAAGGGCUUUUUAAAUAUACUCGUUUAGUUUACGGCUUGGCGAACGCGCCGGCAAUUUUUCAGAAGUCAAUGGAGUCGUUGCUUUCAGGCAUUAAAGGGGUAAGUGUCUGGUUAGAUGAUAUUUGUAUAACCGGAUCAGAUUCGGAUAUUCAUUUAAAGAGACUGCACGAAGUUCUGAGUAGGCUGAAUGAUGCUGGAUUAAGACUUCAAAAAGAAAAAUGCGAGUUUUUCAAGGAAAGCGUACAAUACUUAGGUUAUGUUAUUAGCAAGGAAGGACUUCAAACUUGUCCCGAUAAAGUGAAGGCUAUUCUAAACGCGCCAGACCCGACUAACGUCAGUGAGGUAAAGAGGUUCUUAGGUGUAGUUAACUAUUAUAGAAAUUUUAUCCCUAAUGCGUCUUCAUUAUUGAACCCUCUUCACGAGCUAUUGCGAAGUGAUGUUCCGUGGGAGUGGGGAGAGCGACAACGGCGCAGCAUGGCGGCCGUGCGCCGCGAGCUAGCCUCGGAGCGCGUGCUGGCGCACUUCGACCCCGCCGCGCAGCUCGUGCUGAGCGUGGACGCCGGCCCGGCCGGGCUCGGCGCGGUGCUGUCUCAGCGGACUGCUGACGGCGCCGAGCGGCCCCUGGCAUAUGCAUCGCGAUCCCUAGCGGCUAGCGAACGAAAUUACAGCCAAAUUCAAAAAGAGGCGACCGCCAUUAUAUUUGGCGUCAAGCGAUUUCACCAGUAUCUUUAUGGCCGUGAUGAUCCUUUCAUUUUAAAAACGGAUCAUAGGCCGCUAGUAUCGAUAUUUAACAAUAAGUCCGGUAUACCGAUAACUACAGCCUUGCGUUUGCAAAGGUAUGCGAUUAUAUUAUCGGCUUAUAAUUAUACAGUACAAUAUGUAUCUAGCGAAAACAAUGCAGUAGCAGAUUUUUUUUCACGCGCUCCUUUACAGGAUAAGUCAAUCGACGAAAAAGGUAAGGAUGUCGACAGUCUUUAUGCCCUGAAAUUUUUGGACGCGGCGUCACCGGCUACCGCCUUGAAGGAUAUCAUACUAGCGACCCAACAAGAUGAAACCAUAAUGACUGUAGUAAAAUAUUUGCAGUAUGGUUGGCCCAGAAAAAUUAGUUGUACGUCUGUUUUACCGUAUUUCCAAUGUAAAUCGGAUUUGCAGUUUGAAAAUGGUUGUCUUUUGAGAGGACAUAGGAUAGUGAUACCUUCAAAGCUUAGAAAUAAGAUGUUACAGGAAUUGCACGAUUCCCACUUAGGUAUAACUAAGAGUAAAAGUAAUGCUCGUAGUAGAAUGUGGUGGCCGGGCAUCGACGGCGACAUCGAGCGCUGGGUGGGAGCGUGUGCGGCGUGCGUGUCGGCGCGCGGAGCCCCGCCGCGCGACCCGCCCGCGCCCUGGCCCGCCGCCGCCCGCCCGUGGCAGCGCAUACACAUCGACUAUAUGACUAUAGGGCAAAGGGUAUACUUGGUGGUUGUGGAUUCACAUAGCAAAUGGUUGGAGUGUUUGUAUAUGCACAAUGGAACUUCAACGACCGCUUUAAUUACUAAGCUUAAAGUAUUAUUUGCUACUUUUGGUAUUCCAGACGUCUUAGUAUCUGACAACGACACGAAAAUAAAUUCUCUCGAAUUUAGGUUAUUUUGCUCAGCAAAUGGUAUCAAAUAUAUGACGUCACCUAUUUACCACCCUCCUAGUAACGGACAAGCCGAAAACUCUGUCAGAACAUGUAAAAAGAUGUUAAAAUGUAUACUUAAAGAAAAUUUAAGUCUGUGCGAAAUUCAGGAACAUCUUUUAGGAUAUUUAUUCAAUUAUAGAAAUGCCGUGCAUUGUACCACCGGAGAAACGCCAGCCAAGUUAAUGUUUGGUCGUAAACUUCGCACUCGUCUCGACCUUAUUUUGCCAUCGGAAAGAGAGCACAGCUCAGUGCCUGUGCCGGGUAGGCGAUCGUUUGGUAUAGGAGACAAGGUGUGGUGCCGAUGGUAUAGUGCGCGGAUGGAAACUUGGCAACUAGGAAUAAUUAAAGAGAAAGUAGGUAACAAAAUGUACAAAAUUUUUAUAGAUAGUUUAGAUGAAUAUUGUAUCAGGCAUGUUGAUCAACUGCUUAAUUAUACCGGCGGUGAGAAUGAAGUAGCUGAGGGCCAUCUGCUUGAUGAUGUUUCUUUUUCGAGUCCUGUUACUGCUGUCUCUUCCCAAGAACCGGCUGCGAUAACUCUAAGUGAUGAAACUCAAAUGAGUUCACAACCUCAGCAUGUAACAAAUAAUAGAGACAGGGAAGUUGGCAGAGAUUGUGAGGAGGAGGAAAGUGAGAGAAUCAUUGAAAUUCAAAAUGACUCCUCAGCCGAGCAUAGUUCUGAGCAAGUGCAGGGCGUCAGUAGCGAUGCAACGGUGGUAGAUCCGCCGGGAACUCUCACUCGCCCUAGACGAAAUGUUCCACGGGUUGAUUACAGAAAGUAUUUGUAAUUAAUAUCUACUAAUUUAACAAGUUGUUAUUUUUAGUUUAAAUGUAUCUAAUAAGUAUUAUGAUUAAUGUACAUAAUUUUCAACAGGUUCUUAAAAUAAGUGUGGAGGAAUGAUAUAUAUGUUCAAAGAAGUUUGAAAUGUUAUACAAACUCUUUCUUGUUAUGUUCUUGUUUAUCUGUGGUGCGGCGUCCCAUGCGCGCGCAUCUUGAAAAUACAUGUCAUUCGUGUCCAAGCUA